GCUACAACAGUGACGCCAACCACAGACCACGAUUUAAUGUAACAACUGCGUUGCAGUUAAAUAUUAACUGUAGAAAUAUUUUAGCUGUUGCUUUAUGACAUGCAAGUGCUGGUAGAGGAAACCAUUUUCAGCAGUGGUAAAUGUGCUGGCUUUGAGUAACACCAGCACAUGGAAGAUCUAAUUUCCAUGUGUCCGAAAUUAGGAACUACAGCUUUAUCGACACAAUUACAUAACCUUUAAACUGACAGUAAUAUUCGAUUCUCAGAAUUUGUUAAUUUUGCAAACAAUUCUCAUGCUGUGUUGGUAGUUGUUGCAAAAAAAGAAGAGUUAAGCUGUAGUCGCAUAUGGCAACAAAGUGGGGAAUUGCAAGUGCAGGCAGAAUCAGCCAUGAUUUUGUUGUUGCCUUAAACACUCUGUCUCAUGAUGAGCACAAAGUAGUAGCUGUAGCUGCCAGGGAGUUUGAAAGAGCGCAGAUAUUUGGAAAUCAUCACAAAAUACCUUCUGUGUAUGGAUCCUAUGAAGAGCUCGCGAAAGACCCAAAUGUUGAUGUUGUGUACAUUGGAGCCAUACAUCCACAACAUUACCAUGUUGGAAAAUUGAUGUUGGAGAAUGGAAAACCUAUACUUUGUGAAAAGCCGCUCACUAUUAACUCUAAACAAACAAAAGAACUCAUUGCAUUGGCAAGAGAGAAGAAGCUAUUUUUAAUGGAGGCAGUUUGGUCCCGUUGUUUUCCUGCUUAUGCCAUGCUUAGGAGGGAAAUGAAUGCAGGUACUUUGGGUGACAUUGUCCAGGUCAUAGCGAAUUUUGGUGUUCCUUUGGAGAAGGAAGACCGCCCAAGAUCAAAGGAGCUUGGCCGUGGUACUGUACUUGAUUUGGCAGUUUAUUGCCUACAGCUCGCUAUAUUCGUAUUUGGUCCUGUACACCCAAAAAAUAUUGUUGCUCUCGGACACUUGAAUGAAUUUGGAUGUGAUGAUAGCAUGGCCUGUGUAUUAACAUAUGAAGGUGGUAAAACAGCAGUGCUGAGUACAAAUGCUCGAACAUAUCUCCCUAAUGAAGGAUUUAUAGUUGGGACCAAAGGAAGUUUAAAGAUACCAAAUUUCUGGUGUCCUACAAGAGUGGCAGCACCAGACAAGACAUCUGAUUUUAUUCUUCCAACAGCAUCAAAGGCAUUUAAUUUCAUAAACAGUGCAGGGCUGCGCUACGAGGCUAUGGAAGUUAGGCGAUGCCUGAGAGAAGGACUGUUGGAGAGUCCUAAAAUAACACAUGAUGAGAGCAUACUGUUGGCAGAAUUGGAAGAUGAACUGAGGAAAAUAUUGGGAGUGAAAUACGAGAUGUAUGAGUAGAAAGUUUUAUCACUUAAAGUAUCAGACAAACCUUUUAUUUUGAACAUCUGAGGAAAACACUAAAUGUUGAAUUCAUGGGUCAGUCAAAGAUAUAGGCACAUGUCAUCUGUAAUCAUGAACACUUUUCAUCUCUCACACUUUGUGUAAUGUGAUCAUUUCAUCAAUCACACCAGAAAAAUAGAACAGUAUGUGACCUUU